GGGGUCUUCAAAUAUAUAUCUUUUCUGUAGUUGCAUAUACACUAUACUAACGAUACAUCACUGUUUGCCUCUGUUCACAUUAUCCCUUUGACACUCUCCCGUGCCCUGAGCCCGUCACCGUUAGCCUCCUCCUAGUGAACUAUCCUAUCCUGUAUACACUUUAUCAUACAACGGCGGAAAGUGACGCAAUCCCUACGCGCCCCGGCCCGUCCGCACCCCACGGUCGUGUCGGCGGGGCAAAUAGCAGUGUUUUUGCAUCUACGACGCACAGAGCACUAUAACGGACCAAUUCACCUUUGGCGACAGUGGAGGGUGCAGCCGACAGAAGCAAGCCGAUCAAAUCGACUUGCACAGUUGCAAAGUCGCAUAGUGCGCAAAACUGCAUUUGCGGAGCAGCUCUGUAAAUGUCCUAUCAGUCCUACCCAUCGACGAUGAGCGAGUUGGGAGGCGAAGCAGCGGGCCCUGGUCCGGGUUCGAGCAUGUAUGCCCAGGGGCAAAAGAAGGAUAAGAAGAAGAAGAAGGUUGACCCAUUGCGGACGGAAAAGGUUUUCUUGAGUGGCGCGUUGAGUGGAGCUGUGAGCAGAACGGCGACAGCACCGAUGGACCGGUUAAAAAUGCUUUUGCAAACGCAUGACGGAGCGAAAGGCCUUACCUUGUAUCAAGGAUAUCAGCACAUGAUGGCGGAAGGCUCCUUCAAGUCCUUUUUUAAAGGCAAUGGCGCCAACGUAGUCAAAAUUGCGCCGGAAACGGCGCUAAAGCUGACGUUGAAUGACUCGAUACGGCGGCUGGUGGCAGUCGACCCGGACCGGGUACUCAUGCAGGAGCGGAUGGUGUCGGGCGGCAUAGCGGGAGCCAUUGCGCAGGGCCUGUUGUAUCCCCUGGAUACCAUCCGCACGCGGCUGGCGGUGUCCCCGCCCAACAUGUACGCCGGCAUCCUACACGCCGCCUACCGCAUCCGCCGCGACGAGGGGAUAUACGCCUUCUACCGCGGUCUGCUGCCGGCGCUGCUGGGCGUGUUCCCCUUUGCGGGAGUGGACAUUGCGUUGUUCGAGGUGUUCAAGGACCAGUUGUACGAGCGAUACGACGGCCCCCCGCCGCACAUGGGUAUCGUGGUGGCGGGCAUGCUGUCCAGCUCGGUGGCGCAGGUCGUCUCCUACCCGCUAGCCCUAGUCCGCACGCGGCUGCAGGCGCAGGCCGUGUGCCGCUUCCCCGGCUCCCAGGCGCUGCGGCCGGGGCAGCUCAAAUACCGGGGUAUGGUGGACGUGUUCCGCAAGACGCUAGCGAGGGAGGGUGUGCGCGGACUGUACAAGGGGCUGGUACCCAACCUGCUGAAGCUGGCGCCCGCGGCGGGCAUCGGCUGGUUUGUGUUUGAGGAAACAAAGCGGGCGCUGGGAGUCAACCCCAGAUCUUGACGACGGGGCGUCCAGCGGCGGGUUCCCGGUCCUGGCACCUCUUAGACACGAGCUCCACGAGCUCUUUCACGAGCCCUCCUCUGUUGCAGCGGAGGCGUGGCGUCAGGUCGGCUUGGAGUGUAGCCCGGGGAGCAGUAGCGGUGUGGAGCGUUGCUUGACGCGGCGGCCGGUGAAUUUCAUCAGCCGCAGCAUGGACGGGAGCGUGAGAGGGCGCAUGCAAGAGGGGGCUGCGCGGGGGCCGCCGAGGCAGUCCUGCAGCGGCCGCCGGCCACCGUCGCGGUGCUCGGGGGACUGUGCAUGGAGCCGGAUGCGGGCAUAUGUGGCAACAUGGUGGCGGCACCCUGGGUGGCGGCACCCUGGGUGGUCGGGUUGGCGGAUUGGAGAGGCUGCGCAACGGCGAGGCGAGCAGUUGAGGAGAGCAAGACAUGCACGCGACUGAUGACUUGGAUUGUGUCUAGGAGCGUUGCAGUAACGUGGCCCCCCUCCUGGUGACGAUAGUUGUGGUGCCAAGUGGAGCUCACAAGCGUUGAGUGCCCAUGUAUAGGAGGUGGGAAGGAGCUGGACGAAGUCUGCCCUGUACCCACCGCUCUGGCUGUCCGUGUUGCCGUUUGGCUGUUUCGAGGCGUCUGUCGGCUUGUGACCUGCGAACUAGCGAGCCCUCUCUUCCCGUGUUUCAUGUCGAUUGCACCGUAGUACUUGGUCUGAUGUCGUCGUGAAUGCGAGGGCGCAGAGAUCUGGGAGCAGUGGAAUGAGGAAUGAGGCGUUAAUGGCAGCUGACCCGUGGUUCACUUGGGGCGGUCUUGAACGCUGUAGUCUUCAUGUGAUUUGGAGUCGUUCAUGGCAGCGGUUUUGGGUAGAUGCUAGUUCAAUAAAGCGCGCGUGGGUGACUGGAGGAGGAGGAGGUUCAAUUAGGGGCGCGCUGGUCUUGUUUCUUAGGCAGCAGGUUGGCUUUAGUAAACGGCACUUGGGGCCUCUGGGGUGUCCAACGACGUUAGGUGGAUGUGGGCUUUCCCUCACGUGUGGUGUGCGGCCGCCUUUCCGUGUUGUGUGUUGUCUUGUGUGUGUGUGGUUCAGUGCUGGCAAGCUUAUUAAGGACUUUUGGGAAUUGUUUUUCUGACGCUGACUGUGAAGGCCUAAAGAGGUACAACCACGAUUUAAAUUUAACUUAUGGAAGCGCAAAACAGGAAACAGUCUAGCUGGAGAUGGACGAUGGUGUACACAGGCUUAGCUGCGGUACCGGUAUGCUGGAGGCCCAUUGCUCUGCGAGGUUAACCGGACUUAUACUUUUCGGUAAUGCGUUGAUGGGUGAUGGUGCUUUUCCACGGCUUGACUAGGGCUAGAGGUGCUUCGCCUGUUAAGAGGUGCGUGUCAGCAUUCGCUUGCGUUUAGUGCCCGGAUACCUGGGGUGAAUCUCUCUUUAGGAGGGCGCAAUUUUGUUGUUUUUAGUCGGAGGGUCUUCCUCCACCAGAUGUCAUGCACGGAUAGGAAGCAGAUACACGACGACGCUGAGGGUUAUGCACGGCAGCAGGAAUGGCGGUCUUUCCCUGGGGAAGGCUGUUGCGGAAAGGGAGGGUUUGAGCAUUGGCUGGGUUACAGGCUGCCUUCAAGCACACGCAUUUGAGGUCCUUACAGUAGUGGGGAAAAAUUGGGAUUAGCGGGGAGUGGGUGUUUUCUUAUUGUUUUCUGUUACACUGAAGCGGCGGGCGGACGGCUGUGUUGUCCUCACGUGAUACUGACCUGACGCGCAUUCGAGGAGGGCUGGUCUGCCCACACGUCUCGCCUACAAGCGGGCUUGUCGCUCAAAUGGCGGUGCGUUCAGAUGCUAUCCAACUUGGGGUGUUUUCGGUUCUUGCCCGCUAUUGGGCUGUUCGGAUCCGGCCCAUGUACGGCCUCCUUUUAACAGAGGGUAUGCCA